AUGAGAUUUCAGAAAUUCUUGCAUGACCAAUUUCCAAAGAUACUAAAAAAAAAAAGCAACAAAGCAACUAAUAUUGAUUCUGUAUCCAAUGAUAAAAUUUCUACUACAAUUUCUACAACUUUUAAGAUAUCAAAAACUGUGCCAAAAAAGCAAGCAACUUUUAAUAGCUACAUUUCAUGUCCAUUAUCUGAAAAAGAUAAACCAUAUUUUGAAAACUUGUUAUUAUAUAUGAUCAUAUUAAAUAGACUUUCUUUCACUUUUAUGGAGAAUCAUGAAAUGCAAAAUGUUUUUAAUUUUAUUGUACCAGCCUUAAAGUUGCCCAAUCAACAAGCAUUAAAAGAAUCAACAGAAACUUUUUUAUAUGCUACAACUAAUAAUAAAGAGAGCAAUUUAUUAGCUUCUGACAAUUCAACAACUCAGUCAAGCAAAACUUUUGAGGUAACUGAUAAGGAUAUAAUUGAUGAUACUGAAACUUUUAAUGAAGAACAUUGGUCACAUAUGAUUAAAAACUGGGUUAAUACUUUAAAUAAUAAGGAUAGUGAUGAAAUUGCAAAUAAUGAAUUAUUUAAAGUUGAGUUAGGUGAAUGCACUACUCAUUCAGCAGAUAAUCUAUUGGUGAAAUAG